AUGCUGGCGGUAGCAACCCUAGUGUUACAUCUCGCGGCGAUCGCGAGCAUCGCAUACGCGCGACCCUUUAACAUCACACAUCUCAUAGUGCCUGAAAUCGUUCCACCAGGACAGCAAGAAGUCGACAUUGAGUGCCGAUACGACGCCAACUUCACUCUUCUCAGCUGGUUCAAAGGACCCAACGAAUUCUUCAGAUAUAGACCUGGAGCGGCGCCCAGCACUAGGUCGUUCCCCAUUCUAGGAGUAGGUACAGUGGAAUUGUUAGCUUGUGGACCGACAGCCUGCCGGUUAAGACUUGGAGCGCUCACUGAAGAAGCUACCGGAUUAUACAGAUGCGAUAUAGAGAGAGAUGUGCCACCAUAUAGAUUUGAAACAAGAACAGCUUAUAUGGCGGUCCACGGACACGAGCAUAGAAAACCGUUGCUGGAAGGAUUGGCUGAAGAGUACGGCGAAGACGAUACAAUACAGGCAUACUGCCGAGGAGCGCAGGACUCAGAACUUCGUUGGUACAUCAACGGUCGUGAAGUCGAAGACAUGAGGGGUUCUGCAACGUUGAAGAGGAAAAGCACUCGGUUCAUUUUCUUGGGGUUGCCGCCCACGGUGACAGUGCAGUGUGCAGAGUUUCGAUUUGGUAAAAUAUACGGUUCCAAGGAAGUGAAGGCCCAUUGGAAUGAAAUUGGAAAUAUUCGAAAAAAUGAUUCGAAGUUUUCGAAAAAUGGUUCAAGUGUUAGUAUAGGACAUUUAAGUUUAAUUAGUUUAUUUGUAUUUGUUUUAAAAUAUUAG